AUGGCCGCCAAGUUUGCCGUCUCGUUGAUGGCCCUGCUCGGCGCUGUCAGCGCUCAGAGCAGUGGUUACACCAACAGCAGCUCUAUCGCUACCUCUACUACCUCCUCGGCUAGCUCUACCUUCUCCAACGGAGCCAUGGUGACUAACGCCGGCGUGGUCUUUACUAUCAUGGAUGAUACUACCUACUCCGAUGUUACCCCUCUGCAGCUCUCAAGAAAGAGACAGGCAGCCUCAGGUAUCGGCUCUUGCUUGAACACCUGCAGUGAUAACGUUCAAUGCGCCGGAGCCAGUUAUUCCGAUGACACUCAGCGAUGCGAGUACUACUCAAGCGUCAACCAGGACUCUGAGACUUCCACCCCUGGCACCGACUUUGCUCUUGUCGAGAGCCGUCCUGGUGCCUCAUCUUCUGCUAACACCACCGCCUCUGCAACCGGAAGCGCUACUCCCUCUGGUGGCCCAGUCGGCGGCUCCAACUCCACUCGUAGUGCCACUGGAAGCUCCACUCGCUCUGCUGGCAUCACUGGUGCAGGAAACUCCACCUCUUCUCGUCCUACCGGCUCUGCUUCCCGUACUUCUUCCAGUGUCUCUUCAACUACCUCCGGUGCUGCGGUCUCAACUCCCUCAACUAUUCUGACUAUCGACGGAGUGCUUUUCCUCAUCGAGAUUAAUGUUUCACGCUCUGGAAUCACCAUUGACUUCGCUAUUUUGGCCAAGAGAGCCACAGCCACCCUUGAUGAAUGCUUGACAACAUGUGCAGCUAACACUAACUGCGCUGGUACUGAGUACGACAAUGGCAUGUGUACCUUCUUCACAUCGAUCGAUGAGUCUUCUACUACUGUUACCCAAGGCUCGACCUUCGCUACGGUCAUUUCUCGUGCAGGCCAGACCGGUACUGGUGCUGGUAGCAACAGCACCAACUCCACCACUCCUGCUGCUCCUAGCAACGUCACAGCUGAGAGCUUCAUUUGCCCUAAGCUGAACGGAGGCGUCUUGGUUAGCAACCUCGAGAUCACCUUUGCAAUUUCGUGCUCGGAAUUCUUGAUCGGCACUACAUUCGAUCUGCUAUCCGAAGUUCAGCAAAAGCGUCAAGCCGUUGAGAACGGUCUUCCCCAGACCCUCUCCAACUGCGUUGAUCUCUGCUCCCUCUCAGCUCAGUGUGUUGGCACAACCUUCUCCGAAGCUUCUGGCUGCUCCUUCUACAGCGAUGUUCGUUACGCCACUCCCAUGGAUGGCUUCGACUCUGCCGUGAAGGUGCAGGACAACUCUGGCAAUGGUGUCACUACCACCACUGUGAUUGCUGGUCAAACUAUCACAACCACUGUCACCCAGGCUGGAGCUACUACCACUCAAUACGUCGGUGCAACCAGUGUCGCUACUGUCUACACCACAAUUGUCUCGACCGUCACUCAAUACGCUGGUCCUACCGGAUACCCUUCAGGCGCAACUGUGACUGUCAUUCAGCCAGUUAGCACCAUGACCUACGCUCCCAGCGUCGAGACCAUCACUCUCCCUCAGAACUACGCCUCGCAGCCUACUGUUACCGUCACAGUCGGCGGAGGUGCUGCAGCUCCCGUCGAGACCGUUUACCAGACUGUUGACGCAGCUGGCAAUGUCAUCGGUUCUUCCACAGUUGGAGCCGCCGCUGGAGCCGCUGGAGCCGGACUUGGAUCCUACCCAACUGUGACUGUGUACGCAGCUUGCACCACCCCUGCUGCCCAGCCUGUUGAGACAACUUGGACUACAGUGUAUGUCUGA